AGGUAAAUUGCCCUUCUCAGGCAAAGGUGUAAGAGGGCUUUUUGAAUUCGGACCCCGCGUGUGUUGGUGUGAGAGCUCGUAUUGUAACAGUCCGAUAGGGUCAAUUACAAAUACUAAGGCCUGGGCAUAUUACCUAGGAGGUGGAUGAAAAUUAACUAGCUUUGUAAUCCUUCAGGUGAUUCUUACCUGGUUUGUACCUGUCCUGUACAUCUGUUGCUGUGAAGUUAUAUUGCACGGAGUAGUUCAAAUAUUUGUAUGGAAUAUCUAGUCAUAGGAAUAGUGUUUUCGACAAAAAGUGUGGAUUUAUUCAUUCAUUGCUUAGAGAAGCGAAGUAGACUAGAUAAUGGAAACGAAUGAACUAAUAGCCAUUGUCGGUGGUUCCUUAGCGGGACUGGUGGUCAUCUUGAUUGUGUUGGCGGUCAUAAUCUACUGUGCAUGUGGAAAAAGAAAAAGACGCGAUGACAAACACAGACGCCUUACUCAUAACCAGAGCCAAGAUACAAGUCUCGGCAAAAGCAGCAAGUAUGGCAACGGGAUUGACCCGCGAAUGGAGCAUCCCCCCUCUUUGCCAAAAGUUGGGAGUAAUGGUCUGUGGAUGGGAGCAAACCCCGCUAUGUAUGCCCCCGGAAAACCCUACUACAACGACAAUCGAAGGCCUCAGAACUCCAUGAUGAGGGCCACAUCGGAGGAUAGACUCUCUCCACGUUACAAUCGACAGCUGCACAGAUUGAACAAUAAGGACCGAGAAAUCCGAAGUGGUUCGCUACAAAGAUACCCGUAUUAUCAUGACAGCUACAAAUUUUAUUAUCCCUACAUGGUCUACCAGGGGAAUCCCCACAUCUAUCACAGUCAGCAGGUGCCCUCGACCUAUGAAGCCUUCGGCCGCCUCCCCCGCAGCAAUAGCUACAUGGAGCUGUACCCCUCGUCACCUUACGCCGGCUACCCGUCCAGUGGAUAUGGAGGCGUUCGAGACUUUUAUCCGCUGAGGACGUUUCAUUCGCGAGCAGUUUUGGUGGAGUAUCCGGACGAUUCUGACCACGUAUACGAUCCAUAUCGGGACGUUUUUGACGACAGAAAACGUGGUGGCAAAAAGGUCCAGAGAACACACAGCGAUUUAACGGGAACAAAGCGCAAAAAGAGGGAACGGAAAUACGAUUCUCCGUACGAUUUGGAAAGUCGCCCCUCCAAUAGGGAUAAAAAGGAAGGAAGCGACCAUCGCCAAAAAGGAUCUGUCGACGGUCGUCUGCCGCGAACAACUUCCGCGGAGAUUCACGAAAAACAUCAGUCACGUGAUCAUAAACAUCGUGAGAUGCGGCAGAGCAUGAAUGGUGUCCGAAACGAUAAUAAUAAGGAGACCAAAACGGAAGUGAGCGAACAAGAGUUAUCGCAGACAGACAGUGCUAAGUUGAGAGCGAUGCAAGAUAAAAGCAAGGACCACGUGGAUGGUAAACCCGUAUCGACUCAGUGGAAUAACAAUAAGGAGGACUUGAAGCUAAACUUGCCCAAAGACAGUGACGAAGAAGAGGUGGUGGUGAAACAUUACGAGUACAAUGGACAUAUUAGGAGGGACAAUUCUAGUGACAGGAGGGAUUACCCGGGCGGUAAGGUGAACGGUAGCACCUUUGUUAGUGUGACUGUCAGGCCGGAAAUGCACGACAGGAACGGUUACGACAAUCCAGUGUUCAGUGAGGAAGAACCGGUCUCUUCUAGGGUGUCAGGCAAAGGGAGAGCUAGAAGCGACAGCAACACUGAUGGUAAACAAGUUUCAGCAGCUUUCGACUUUCUAAACAACUACCUGUCAGAUGAUGAAGGCACGGAGUACCUGGGAAGUCGCUCUCACUCACCUGUACCUCUAUAACACAGAAUUUGUAAGUAAAGAGUUUUAAAAAAAUGCGCAGAUUGACUUGAAACCUAACCUGUGAACGUGAUCUCUGCAGAAGGAACUAAAAAUCACAAACCGCAAAACAUUGUGAAAAAGGAUAUAUACAGCAAUGUGCCAAAUGCAGUGGUGUGGAUUUGUUUACCUAUUUUACAAUGGCGACACAAAAAGAGAGAUAUUUUCUACAAAGUCAUGAUAUAGAUCAGAUCUUGUUUAGGAUUACAAGCACUCAAUUAUAUUACAAUUUUUGCCAUAAGACAACUUAAUUUUCCUUUUUAGCUUUUUUUUUAUACUCUUUUCAAUACAGUUAAAUGUUCAUGCGAUUAAAAUAUGAAGUAAGGAUGAGAUUUAUGAAGUUUAAUAUAAUUUUUGGGGUUGUUGUUUCGACUUCGGUUUUGUAAGUACAUUGUAUUAGUAUGUUGUUUCGGAUGAUGAGAAAAUAGCUUCCAGUUGUCGUCAAGUAAUACUCAAACUGACACAAAUCAAAAAUAAAAUGUGUUAUAUUCAUCUUGAUCAAAUGCUUUUU